AUGACGGUCAACGAUAAGCCCGUGCUGAUCAUUGGCGCCGGAGUCGUGGGCUUGACGUUGGCACACGGGCUCAAAAAGGCAAACAUUCCUUUCGAAAUCUACGAGCGAGACGCGAAUAUCGAUGCCCGAGGACAGGGCUGGGCCAUCACCCUGCAUUGGGUGCUGCAGUACCUCCGCGAGAUCAUCGAUGAAGAGACAUUUGCUGGCUUGGAUGACGUCCAAGUCGAUCCAGAGACUGGCUGUAACGACACCGGCAACUUCAUCUUCAUCAACCUCAAGACAAAAGAGCCCAAGUUCUACAUCCCUCCCAACGCGCGCCGCCGUGUGAACCGCGAGAAGUUGCGCCGGCUUCUGCUUAAGAAUGUCGCAGAAAACGUCCACUGGGAUAAGCAGCUGACAGACGUCCAAGUCAUUGACAACGGCGUCAAGGCCACGUUCGCAGAUGGGAGCGCGGCCGAGGGGAAAAUGCUCAUUGGCGCCGAAGGUAGUAAUUCUCAGACAAGGAAAUACCUUGUGCCAGAAGACUACCAGAACUACUUGCUACCCGUGAAGUUGGUCGGCGUCUCUGUCGACUUGACACCUGCGCAGAUCAAGCCACUACGACAGAUUGAUCCGUUGCUCUUCCAAGGCUGCCAUCCAGAAACCGGUGUCUUUAUCUAUGUCUCAGUGCUGGAGACACCAGAAGUGAAUGACAGUGCUGGAACCGCUGACGAACACUACCGCGUGCAAAUCAUGACCUCAUGGCUCGCCAAAGAUCACGACGAGAACAUCCCCGAAUCAAACUCGGAGCGCAUCGCCAUGAUUAAGCGCCUAGCUACCGGCUUUCACCCGGACUUGUACAGCAUCGUACAGGCCAUCCCCGAAACUUCGCCCACCCUACACCUCGUCUUGCAAGACUGGCCCUGCCGAGACUGGGAUAAUCAUGACGGCCGCGUGACUUUGGCUGGCGACGCUGCGCACGCCAUGGUCAUGUACCGCGGUGAGGCGGGCAACCACGGUAUUCUCGACGCUUGGCAUUUGCUUCGACAGAUCAAGGCGGUGUACACCGGUGAGAAGACUCGGGCUGAGGCCAUAGACGCGUAUGAGAAGGAGAUGAAGGAAAGGGCCAUGCCGGCUGUCUUGCUGAGCCGUCAGGCGUGCUUGGAUGCGCAUGACUUUCACGGCUUGAAUGAGAAUUCGGCAGUUCUCAAGAAGAGGGCUAUUAACGCGGCUAGAACAUGA